AUGGUUAACACUGCUUCCCCAACUACUUUAACAUUCAAAUCUAGUCCCGAGCCUUUGUUGUCUUUUAUGGUUCACAAUAUUGAUGAUCUUGUUCGAUGCUCGAAAGAAAGAAUAUACUACCAGCAUAUGCUUUUGCCAGAUUUACCCAAAUUCAUCAAAUUAGUUUAUCAAAAGUGUCGUUUAUCACCUACUGUCUUGGUCAUUGGGUUAAUUUAUCUUGAGCGUCUCAAGAAGAAUUUGCCGCAACAAGCACAAGGAGAAUACGAUACACCCUACAAAUUAUUCUUGGCUGCUAUGAUUGUUGCGACAAAGUACAUUGAAGACUAUAAUUCCCAUGCAACGUCGAUCUAUAAGAUUGUAUCUCCGCUAUAUACUUCAAGAGAAUUAAAUGAAAUGGAACGAAGUUUCCUGGGUGUUCUAAAGGUAUGUACUGCUGCAUACUUAGCCACGUUGUAUUAA